CUCUUUUUGCCCCAACCAACCGCCACCAUUCGCACCUCAGUCACACUCCUUCCCUUCCGGCUGUCCAACAAACGGCGAGCUCCAACAAUUUAUCAAUUGAAAUUAAUAUCGUUGGAUCGAAACAAAUAUUCUGGCAAAAUGGUUCUCAAUUUGACGGUGAAAGUUCAUCCUGUUGUUCUUUUCCAAAUUGUUAACGCUUACGAGCGUCGGAAUCUGGACCGCACUUCCAUCCUAGGAACGCUUUUGGGUACGAUUGACAAGAACUGUGUUGAAGUGAGUAACUGUUUUGUUGUCCCACAUAGUAUCAGUCCUCAAGAUGGAACGGUUUCGAUUGAGAUGCACAUCGCCGACACAAUGUACAAGCUGAACAAACAGGUUCAUCCUUCUGAGGUGAUUGUAGGUUGGUGGGCCACUGGGUUUGAAGUCACCAGUAUUGCUGUCCCCAUUAACGACUACUAUGCUCGACAAUGUCCUAACCCUGUCCAUCUUCUGGUUGACACCACGUUACGAUCAGGAAAAAUGGGUAUUAAAGGAUUUGUCCAGGUUGACAUUGGAGUCCCUGAGGGUUCACAAGGGGCCAUGUUCAGCCCAGUUCCAGUUGACUUGACGCAAUAUCCACCAGAAGCUGUAGCUCUGAAAACUCUUGUAAAGACAAGAAUGACGGGCAAAGUCGAGCCAAAAGCGGAACUUCCUCAGAUCACGGAUGCAACUACGGAAUUUGAAGAUGCCAUCACUCUUGUACUGAGCUACGUGGAAGAUGUUCUUUCUGACAAAGUGACACCUGACAAUUCCGUUGGUCGCAAUCUUCUUAAAUUGGUCCAAGCAGUCCCAAAAAUGUCUCGGGAAGAUUUGGAUAACAUGAUGAGUGCAAACAUUAAGGACCUCCUGAUGGCAAUGUAUCUCAGCCAACUCACUCGCGUUCAAACCCAACUAAACGAGAAAUUGUUAAUGACAUCAAACAAUAUUAUGAAUUUAAAUAAUUAGUUUGAACCUGGUAGCAGUUUGUUAUGAAUUUAUAUUGUUUACUUAUGAGGUAUGUAUGAUUGAUUUGAUUAAAGUUAUACGAGCCUAUGUAUAAAUUA